AUGGCAUUCAAAAUCGCCGUCUUCGCAGCCAUCGUAGCCGUCGCUAGCGCCGUCGGCAUCCACCCACCCUCGCUGGGAGCUUACCACGCACCUUUGGGAGCUUACCACGCACCUCUGGGAGGUUACCACGCACCUCUGGGAGCUUACCACGCACCGCUGGGAGGUUACCACGCACCGUUGGGAGGUUACCACGCGCCUUUGGGAGCGUAUCACGCUCCUCUGGGAGCUUACCCAGCUGUGGCCAAGGUUGCCGCUCCGUUGGCCGAUUACGACGCCAACCCUCAUUACAGCUACAGCUAUGCCGUUGCGGAUGCCGUGACCGGUGACAACAAGAACCAGCAGGAAUCUCGCACGGGAGAUGUUGUGACUGGAUCGUACUCGCUGGUCGAACCCGAUGGCACCCGUCGUGUCGUUGAGUACAAUGCUGACCCUGUCAACGGAUUCAACGCCGUCGUCCACCGUGAGCCUCUGGCCGUCAAGGCUGUGGCCCCAGUUGCCAAGAUCGCUGCCCCGCUGGCUUACCCCGCCGUCGCUAAGGUUGCCGCCCCGUACGCCCCGUACGGUGGAUACCCAGCCUACGGAAAGGCCAUCCUUGGUUAA